UCCCGUCAGCCCUGUACUGCAAUUUUCCCUCCAAAAACAACACAAGUUGCAAAAAUGGAGCCAUGGGAAGCACUGGAUGUAGACGAUUCCGAUCUCCACUCUCUUCUCCGUCCAUGUAAGCGUCUCCACCAAAACCCUAAUCCCUCCACCUCAACUUCCACUUCAUCUUCUGCGGCGCCGCUUCUUACGCCGCCACUAGUAGUAGAGAAUUCUGAUCAUCAGUUACAAUCGCCGCCUCAACGCCUCAUUCCCGGUCCGGCAGGAGCAGUACAAGCUGCAAUGAUCCAACGAACUUACGAUCUUCAGUGUCAUAACUCUAUUUCCUCUCAAGGAGACAAUCCGAUACCUACGCAAGAGUAUAUUAGGAGAGCCGUCGAAAAUUCUACCGAUUUCGAUUACGAUUUCCAGUCGAAUCCAUGGCUUUGUGCUCUUGAAUUUGUUGGUGCGGAGAACGGGAAAAUUCCGUGUACGCCGUUGAGCUCUGUCAAUAAAUGCUUACAAUCUGCUAGGGUUGAUCAGGUUGUGGCAGUUGUUAAGUCUUGCACACAGAAUGGUCUUGGCGGUUUGAUCGUGACCUUGAAGGAUCCUACUGGCUCAAUUGGUGCCAGUAUUCAUCACAAAGUACUUAGCGAAAGUCAGCAUGGAAAGGACAUUUGCAUUGGCUCAGUUUUGAUACUGAAAAAGGUUGCAGUGUUUUGUCCUUCAAGCUCUGCAUAUUAUCUUAACAUAACACUCGGGAACCUGACAAAGGUUUUCUGUAAGGAAAGUGGACCUCCAUUAGUGAACAGCCGAGCAGCAUAUAAAGUCAACUACAGUGAUCCUGAAAGUGCAUCAGCCUCUGCUAGAAAAGCUAGUGCACUGCAGAUCACUGACGAUGAAACAAUUGAAGAAAUCCUCGAUGAUAGGACCAUAGAGUGCUCUGCAGGUGGAAACUUCCGUAAUGAGAUUCAAAUGGAGAAGGAAAAUCUAGUUCCAGAUAACUACAUUUGCAACAACAAUAGUGGCUUUGAGAAGACCUCAGUUGAAUACAAGGAAUGUCUCCAACAGACGCAGAGUAGUGCCAUAGAAUUUGGAGCUGUCAGAAGCAGAGGCACUUGUAAUGAAAAUAAUAAUCAGCAAAUGGAAGAGUGCUCUCAGGGUACCCUCACGCCUCGGAACAAAAGAGAGAGUCCAAAAAAGAACCACUUUGAUCCAGAUAUUCUGGUUACUGAUGUAUUCAAGGAUCAUAGACAGCCAAUUGCUUCGAAGGUGUCACUGCCUCAAUGGACAGAUGAUCAACUUGAUGAACUGUUUGCCUGCGAGGAUGAUGAUGAGUGAACUGUAAAGAUUUUUGUCUUCACUUUUUGUUUACGUUGGUGCUAUUUCCAGUUAACUCUAUGUUAUUACUCAAGAUUACUGUAACGGCUGAUCUAGUCCUUUCUGUUUUCGACACCCAUAAUUUCUACAUAUAAUCAGUUGGAAAGUAUAAUACAGUGCCAUAUACUAUUUUCAUGUA